CAAAACUCGUAUCUGUGUAGGAAUUGUGAACUUGGCGACACCGUGUUUAAAGUAUGUAUCAGGCAACAACAAUAUGCCAUAAGAUAUACAACCCAGAGUGCAAGUUAAAGAAACAUUCGCAAACCAUCCACACUGCACGCAAAUAAGCAAUGUCUAUUCUCAAAACCCUCGUCCCUGUGCUCCUCAUACUCGGCUUCCUUCAAGCUGGUGUUCUCGCACUGCCCAUAGUAUACGUGCGUUUUCAAGUGUACUUGAAUUUCUACGAACGCUACCUCUUUAUCGCAGCUCUUCUCUUCAUCGCCUUCGUGAUACACCCCCUGCUUAUCAUCGGUCUCAUCACAUUCACCGUCGCACCUCCUCUACUCUCCCUACGCCACACCAUCAGUGAUCGCCUGAGCACCGCCUACAUCGCGCUCACUCCCUCCGCGCUCUCCUCCGCACCUUUUCUCGACAAGGGUCUGCCGACCACGGGUAAAGAGUGGCUGAUGACGCUACUUGGAAGCUAUGUUGGCUGGAAGACGCUGGGCACGGUGCCGAGUCUGAUGAUAUUGUUGGUCUUCCUUGCGCUGUACAGUGGUCGAGAAGAUGCUGAUGAGCGCAGGGGAUGGAUUGCUAAAGGGGGAUUGAGGGGUGGAAAGGAGGUGGAGAAGGUGACGGAGACUGGUUUAGGAGUAAGGAGUGAGCGGACGGACGUGCAGACUGUUGGUUGAAGCGAACGCGUGGUGCGUGCGUCGUUUAUGGCGCUUUGCAGAGAGAUGUGGAGAUAGGGGAGGGGGGUGAGAACGAGCGAAGUUUGUGGAAUGCUGGAAAUGGUGA